AUGACCGUGGAGAAGCUUGUGAACCCAAACCUGCGAAAGUUCAUGGUGGGAUUGCACAAGCUUGAGGGAGAAGAGGAGAAGUCUGAUCAACACCUGUGCUUCCAUAUCAAAGAUCUGACGCCAUCCCUGCAGAACUUCAAGUUCCAAGCAAUCUAUGACUUCUUUGGUGAACUUGCUUGCUCAUCUUUAGUGAAGAAGUUGGAUCCUUUGGCAGAUUUCUUUACCGGCAUUCUCGGCCUUUUACUUGUGCAAGUUGAUGAAUUUCUCGGGCGAAAAGCAGUUCCGGCCAAGACUACCAUCAUUUGGCCCUCCAACUUCAGCUUGCGCAACUUUGAGUCGGUCUUCUUGCACAAGGCACCAAAGAAGGAGAUGAAGUUUCGCAGCGGAAGUAUGCCUGCCCUACCAGCUUGUUCGCUCUUUGAAUGGAUUCCAGUGGUGGAGCAACUUCUUGUUUCUGAGGAGAAGCUGGCCAACUUGAAGGGUGGUUCCAACACCAGUUUGGGUGGCCUCAUCAAACCGUGCAAGAAGGCUGCGGAACUCCAGGCUUUGCAGAGCGGCAGCAGCAAAACUGCUCAGGUGGGCCCUAUCCUUGAUACUCUCUACAAGAACUUCGAUUCGAUCUUCAAGCUCGAGCAAUCAUUGGAGUCCAGCAAGCAUUGGAGUGGAACAGAGCCAGUCAUGAAACGGCUGAAAGAAUUUGCCCAGGCGUGCCUACUCCGCCACUCUCGGGUGUACGAAUCCUUGCUCAAAGUAGCCACAAAUGAGGUUGAGGAAGCUUACUCUGCUCUCAGGGAGAAGGUCGCAGACAAAGAUUCCGAGUCACCUUUAUUGAAGGAGCUGCUUGACAACUCAUUGGACCAAGGACAGGUCGUCGACAGGCUUGGCAACACCCCAGACAAGUUCUUUGGUGCAGUUCAGGAGCAAUUUGCAGACUUUGUAUACACUGCCUGCUCAAAGAUUUUGAUGCUCAAGACACUUCUUCAGCAAUGUGUGUCGAAAGUCGGCUUUGCUUGCGGACAUCAGUGCCUACAACUCGAGCAACAACAUGGGAAAGCAAAGGCAACUUGUGCUACCGCCGAAUCUGCUCUACGUUUGCUGGUUCACAAGAAGCACAUCUUUGCGGUGGAGAUGGUUUUGGCAGACAUGAUUGUCAUUUCCACGGUGACUCGCAAGAUUGAUGACGACAAGAAAAAGAAAGAAUCCAUUGCCAAGACCAUGACGGGGAUCAUGAAAAAAGACAUGCUGCCAUCGCUGUCCGUAUGCCAGCUCCUCAUCAAUGGCGCAGAUGGUGACAGUAGUUUGCCAGUGCAGCAGUUCCAGGAGUACUUGAAAAACAAGCA